UCCCUCACCUCUCACCACACCGGUAGUUGUCAUGGCGAUGGAGUCAGCCUCGGCGUCGGCUCCAGGGGCUGUUGCCAUGGAGAUCCCGGCGAGAGGUGCGCUCCCGGUGGUGGAGGAAGACGAGGACUUCAGCGCGCCUCCGCCGGGGUCCGAGGAGCGACUACGGCAUCGCCGAGGUGGCGGGAGACGGCGACGCGGGGUGCCGUUCAACCGGGGCGGCUACUAUAUGCUGAUAGUGAUCGGGGAGAUCGGCACGGAGCACCAGCUGGAAGCCGCCAGGGCGCAGAUAGAGCGGGGAAUUCGAUCCUGGGAAAUCAACCUCAAGUGCUGCGACCUUGAUCAGCAGCUGCAGCUGUUUAUAACCCGUCACUCCGCCCACUUCGAGGUCAAAGGACAAAGGACUCUGCACCACAGGAGCGAUGUCCUAGAGACUGUGGUGCUGGUCAACCCCUCAGAAGAAACUGUCGUAUCUGAGAUCCAGUGUCUGGUCACAGACUCAGCAGGACACAAGCUUCUGGUCUUGAGUGGCCAGAGCUCAGAUCACAGUGGCCUCCACCUACAAACCGGGGUUUUCACCCACCACACGUUUUCACGUAUCUUUACUGAUCCUGAGGUCACUGAGCUACUGGGCACAGCAGCCCCCAAGCAGCAGGCUACACUCACCGUGUCCUGCCGCGGGGAGGUGGGCUGGAGCUCCCUUGGACAACAGCAGACCCUACGAGACUUUCUGGAAUACAGAUUAAACCCUGAGCCUGUUCUGCCUAAGAUGGAGGGGGUCACUGAGUUCACAGAGUACAUCUCUGAGACAGUGGACGUCCCUUCCCCUUUCGACCUCCUGGAGCCGCCCACCUCAGGAGGCUUCUUGAAGCUGUCCAAGCCAUGCUGCUACAUCUUCCCCGGUGGACGAGGCGACUCGGCUCUGUUCGCCGUGAACGGCUUCAACAUCUUAGUGGAUGGAGGCUCCGAGCGAAAGUCUUGCUUCUGGAAGCUGGUUCGCCACUUGGACCGCAUCGACUCAAUUCUACUAACACACAUUGGCGCUGACAAUCUCCCAGGGAUCAAUGGGCUGCUUCAGAGGAAGAUAGCAGAACAGGAGGAGGAACAGUCUCAAGGCACCACCAACUAUAGUGACUGGAUGAAGAACCUGAUCUCGCCUGAACUCGGUGUGGUGUUCUUUAAUGUCCCAGAGAAGCUCCGCAUGCCUGAAUCCAACCUCAAAGUGAAGCGCAGCAUCGAGGAGGCCUCUCUGACUCUGCAGUACCUUAACAAACUGAGCAUCAAACCAGAGCCUCUCUUUCGUGUGGUCAGCAACACUAUAGAGCCCAUUACGCUCUUCCACAAGAUGGGAGUGGGCAGGUUAGACAUGUACAUUCUCAACCCUGUCAAAGAUAGUAAAGAGAUGCAAUUUUUGAUGCAGAAGUGGGCUGGAAACAGCAAGGCCAAAACCGGCAUCGUGCUGCCCAACGGAAAAGAGGGAGAAAUAUCCGUGCCCUACCUGACGUCAGUCACAGCCUUAGUUGUUUGGCUGCCUGCCAGCCCCACAGAGAAGAUCGUGAGAGUCCUGUUUCCUGGAAACGCACCACAGAACAAGAUCCUGGAAGGGCUAGAAAAAUUAAAGCAUCUUGACUUCUUGCGAUAUCCUGUAGCCACACAAAAGGACAUUAGUUCAGGAGCUCCUCUCUCUGUUAUAAAGCAAACAAAGUUAAAACAAAGAACAGAUAGCAGGGAAAGUCUUAAAUCUUCCCCAAAGACUACUGCGAAGGCCUCAAAGAAAGAAACUGAAGGACAAGACGAUGUGUCAGCUGCCACUGAAGCACAGAGUGACUCUGUGAAGGAAAACAUAUCGGAGAAAAAGGAGGAGAAAAAGCCCAGCAAGACUCUAAAAUCUAAAACGGAUGUGCCAGAAAAGAAGAAACUCCUGAAAGAAAAAUCUCUGAAAAAACACUCAAAGGAAAGGGUGUCAAAGCUGGAUGAGAAGAAGGACAAGGAAAAGAAAGAGAUCAAGAAAAUUAAGAAAGAAGACUCUGCUAAGAAGGAUGAAAAGAAAGACUCUAAGUCCAAAGAGGACAAAAAGAAGGACGCGUCCAAGCCUGAGCUGAGAAAAAUGACAAAGCCUGACCUAAAACCACUCACACCAGAGGUGAGGAAGACGUUGCACAAAGCUAAAGUGUCGAGUAAAGCCAAGACCGCCAAACCCAAAGCAGCAAAGGCUGAACCUGCUGAAGCUAAAUCUGAGGAGCCAAAGCCCCAAACGGUUCAGCCUGAGCCGCUCCAGAACGGCAGCGUGGAGGGCAUGUCUGCAGCCUCCACGCCCGAAGACCUCACCAAGGACUUUGAAGAGUUGAAAAAAGACGAAGGCACAUCAGCAGAGUCGCAGGACAGCACGGAAGUUCCAUCUCAGCCAACAGUGCCAGGGAAACAGGAAGUACAAGAAAUGACAUCAGAAAUCACAGGUGUCACAAAGUCACCAGAACAGGAGACAUCGGCUCCAGGAGGAAAAGCUGAAGAUGUAGAGCAAGAAAAAGCGCUGAAUCAGCAGAGACAGCAGUUAGAGGACGCUCAGAAGUUUGAAGACGAGGGAGCAGCAUCUCAAGAUGAGGAAGAGGAGGAGGAAGAAGAGGAGGUCCCAGCUGCAGAAAAGAAGAGAAGUGAGGAGGAAGAGGAGGAGGAUAUGGGGAUAGGUGAAGAGGAAGAUGAAUCCAAAUGGAAGGAGGCUAAAGAGAGUGAGCUUGACAAGAAACACGAGAUAGAAGAAAUGGAGAAAUCAGAAAUUCACCUAGCCACAGCUGUGACACAGCAGAGUCUACACCCGAGUCCAUCCAAGCACGAGCCCGAGGAAGAGGACGAAGAGGAGGAGGAAGCAGUGGAAAAAGCUGAACUUGAAGAGGUGGAAGAUUUAGAUGUAAUAGCAGACGAAGAGAUUAAAGUCAGCCCUGAGCAAACGGUUACUGACAGCAGAACCACUGAAACCCCCACUCCAGCCAAAGAUGAAGCAGAGGAAGAGGAGGAGGAGGAGGAGGAGGGCUACCUGUCACAUGUUGGAGGGCCCACUGCACCCAUAACCUCAGUCGCCCAAGGAGCUGCAGCCGAAUCCAUGACCUACAUCCAAGAUGAGACUAUCCCCGGCUACUCAGAGACGGAGCAGACCAUCUCUGACGAGGAGAUUCACGAGGAGGCCGAGGAGCGGAUACCUCACCUCCAGUAUGACGUUGGGACCUACGACAUCUCUGUCCCCGAUCAGACGGGGUCCUUCGUGAACAUUCAUGGCAUGAGGGAGAUGCAGGCCGCAGCUCUGACGGACAAAGCUUUCAUGCCGGGGGUUCAGGAGCAAGUGUCCGUGUUCACCAACAUCAUCACCGCUCCUCUGGCAGAAGAAGAGCACGUGUCCUCUGCCACGUCCAUCACAGAGUACGACAAAGUGUCCUCCUUCCCCACGUCCAUCGCUGAAGACCAGUCUGUGGCAUCCGUGGCAGCGCCUCCAGCCGAGGAGCCGCUGAAAACCCCACCUGACGCUGCGCAGAGCAAAGAGCAGCCGCUCUCUGCAGGAACUCUCUCCCCACCUUCUCUAGACGACGACAAACAAUCCAAGUCUCCGUCCGAUGACCUACAGCUUCCUGUUGCAGAAGUGAAGUCUGCGGCCAAGUCUCCCGAUGCACAUGACGCAAAGAAGGAAGCAGAGGAAGAGGAGGAGGAGGAGGAGGAAGACCAAACCCCUAAUGUUGACAUUUCGCUUGAAAAACUUCAAGAGGGCUAUGCUUCAUCUCAGAAAUCAGAGGGUAAAGAGAGAGACGUGGAGAAGCUGCAUGAGCCGCUCGCCUCUGUCCCAGUGUCUGUAGAUGAUGCCAAACCAGUGUCUCUCCCAGUGGAAGAGCAGAACAUAGAUGCUGUCACACCCAAGGAGGUGUCUUCUGUUGUGCCUACCAGACCGUUUGGAUCAGACUCCAUAACAUCAGAGAGCGAAGAGCGUUGCUUCAGUCCAGAUGACAUCACUGUGAAGAUGGCCUCCCCUCCCCAGUCUGGACCCUCCAGUGCAGCUCACUCUCCAAUUCACCAGUCACCAGUGGAGGACAGGAUGAGGAGCUUCCCUGAUUUGGAGCAGGAAAAGGAUCACGAGUUCCCUGAUGUAUUGGAACAAGAUGAAAAGCAAAUUCAAGAAGACAGAAAGAAAGACCAAACGGAGACACAAGGUGCUGACAAGCACAAAGCAGAUCAUGAAGCUGAUGUUGUGACUUUCUACACGUCAGCCGAGGACAAAAAGGAGGUUCCAGUGAUAAAAGACACAAAAAGAGAUGAAGAGACAGAAGCCCAGACGUUCGUUUCAGGAAGAGAGUCUCCUUUCCCCACUUCCAUCGGACAACGUGAUGAAGGCGCCGUCGGGAUCAAAGAGACUCAGCCUAAAGUGCCUGUAUCGGGUCCUGGACCUGUGGGGGAGAGUCUGGUCUCAGAUGAUGGUGGUGGUCUCACAAAAGACGAUCAUGAUAAAACUGCAGUAGAAACUAUCAAAGCAGAACAAGCCAAAGAAAAGUGUGAAGCCUCAGACAUAAAACAAAAAGAAGAGAAACCAGAAUCUGUCGUCAAGGAAGAGGUUGCUGCUGUUUGCUCCAUCACGGAUGAGAAGGCUGAAAAGGAGGCAGUGAAGGAUGAUGCAACUCAUACGGCACCGAUCAAAGAGGAGAACGUUGAAAAGGACACUGAUGGCAGAACCACUGAAGACGAACAAACAGAGGUUGAGACAGACCAUAGUAGAGUCAAAACACCCACAGGCGCUGAGACCAAGCAGGUCAAAGACGAGCAGAAGCUGAAACAUGAUGACUUUGACCUUGAAAGCAAAGGUGAGGUUAAAGAGAUGGCAGCUGAGGUGGAUAAUGUGACUGAAUGUAAAACUCUGAAAGAGGAAGAGAAGAAAAUAGAAAAGAGUGAUGCUCUUGACCUUACAAAUAUAAUGACUGCAGUAGAAGAUCUGAAAACAGCCUCCAUCACAGAUGUUACACCUGUAAAGAUGGAGGAUAUGUCCACCACUCAGCAAACUAAAGCUGCUGAAACUAAAAAGGAAACAGAAACAACUGAUAUUAAAGUAAUGGAAGAUAAGGAAGAGCAAAAGGAGAUAGAGGUGACGGAUGCUUCUGCUACCAAGCUCAUUACAGAUGAACACGGAGCAAAGGAAAAAGUGACGGGCGACAUCACUGCUGCAGAAGCAGGCGUGAUUAGCAAGGAAGUCACACCUACAACCACCAAAGAAGAGAAGAAGACAGAGGUUUGUGAAGACUCUGUCUCAGCAUCAACCAUCAGCCUCACAACAGUGGAUGAGAAGGAUGUAACAGCGAGUUCAGAUGAGACUGUUCCUAAGACAACAACAGCACAAGAACUGGAGAAAAGUAAAGAUAUUGACACUAAACCUCCCAAGGAGCAGGAUGAAGAAGAUAAAGCUGCUGUAGAAGACAACAAGAUGGACGUAAGCGAUGACGGCCGUGCUGCUCCAACGCUUCCGAAGGUGGACGAAAAAGAUCAGCGGGCAAUUAAAGAAGAUACGACAACAGCUGAGGAAAAGGACAAAGAGGAAAGGAAAGCUGAUGGAAGCAAGAUGGAAAAAGAGCAGGACAUAGAACGUAAAGGUGAUGAAUUAUACACUGAGAGAGAAAGAGGAGAUGUGAGAAAAGACGAUCAGGAGACGGAGGAGACUUCUGCUGUCAGGCCUGUUGAAAUAAAAGACGCCGCGGUGUUUCCUGCUGACAAAACAUACACAAAGGAUGAAACGUCUGUUGCUGAAGCUAUCGUGAAAGACGGAAAAGAAAAGAGUGAAGACACCAGUGGCGUCAAAACACCAGCUGAGAUGGAGAAGGAAAUGGUUGUAGCUAAAGAGGAACCCUUCACUGUCAAACUGUCCAGGGAGGAAGAAGCGACAGUUCAGGACAGUGCUGCUGAAUUGUCUGAUAUGAAACUGUCAAAGCCAGAGGAAAGCAAAGACGCCGCAGCUGUGAAACCGCUGACAGAUCAGAGGAAGGCUGAAAUAACAGAGGCUGCAGCGGAUGUAAAACUAAUCGAAGAGUUAAAAGAAUCUCAGAAAGUGGAAACUGGUGAUAAAGAGCUAAAGGUUAAAGAUGAGGACAUGGAAAAGGGGAUAAAGGAAAAGACUGAUGAGUCUGAAUGUGUAUCAGAAAUCUCUAUCAAACAGCAGACAGAGACGGACACUGAUUACAUGUCUGUCACAAGCUCAAAGGACGACAAGGUGGAAAAGAGCAGCGUUUCUGACACACCGAUAAUAAAAGAGCUGGAGAAGGGAGAACUCUCAGACCACAAACCCGUUCUGGAAGAAAUUAAGGAAAAGCAAGCUGAAAAGGAUGAAAUGAGAACUGAGAAGGAAGCUGAUGCCAAAUCUGAGCAUCAGAUGGCUGCAGAAGAGAAAAAGCCAAUAACGGUAGAAACCAUCAAAGAUACGAUGACAGACGCAGCCGGACGGGGCAGCGGUGACGCCGUCAAAGAGAAGACAGAGAAGCCAACAUUCCAAGACGACCAUUCUGAAAAGGAGGACUUACACGAGGCAGAUGUUCCUGUGGGUCAGACCUCAGAGAAGGAGAAAACACAGGGCAUUAGCGUUACAGAGAAGUCCAUUCAUGAUGAAAGCUCUGAGAAGGUUUCUGCCAGUCAGGAAGAGAAGACACUUGAUCCUCCAUCUGGAGCAGCAGCACACAAAGACACCUGUGUGGCUCCCCAUCACAUCCAGGCGAAGGAAAAGCAGCAGGAAACGGAGGAAAGGGCCUUUAUUAGACCAGAGGAGAAGAUGGAGAAAGAGAAAGACGAUGCACAUGUUGCAGAACUUAGCAAAGAACAGAAAAUGGAAAAAGAACAAGAAAAAGAGUACUCCUAUGAAACUGAAGACAUCAAAGAGGAAAAGAGCAGAUCAGAGGCAAGACAUGAACAGAGGGCUGACACGAAGAAGGACGAGCUCUCGGACAAAGACAGGAACGACUCCUCCGACGCAGACCACAAGGAGGAGAAGUGGGAGCGCGAGGAGUUACAGGAGAAAGAUGUGGACAAAAUCACGAAACAGCCUCCGCAGACAGUACAGACGGAUACGAGCUCCAAGUCCGACUACUCACCUGCCUUUGUGGUUCAGUCUUCAGAUGAAGACAGAGAAGACGAGGAAGAGGAGGACAUGUGCAUGGGCGGAGCAGGCUCCAGGCCUCUGUCUGUGGAGCUGAACAAGUCCGACCACGAUGUCUCUGCAGACCUGCAUCCGCCCCAGAUCGCACAAGCAGAGGACCGGACCGAGCCGCCAAAGUCACAGCCCAUGGCAGUGGUAAUACCUACGCUCACCAUGCAGGAGCCGUCUAUUGAUGAGGAGUUCUUAUCGGAGGCAGGCAGAGAUGUGACGUCUCCAACCAAACCAGAACCGUCAAAGCAGGAAACAGCUGCUGUUGGAAAACAGUCACAUUCUGAUAUUCCCGCUCCGAAAGCAAAACCUGUGUUGGACACAACAGAGCAAAAGCCUGCGCUGGCAUCAGCGCCGAGCAGUGGGAGCCAGUCCGGUGUGGAGGAACCGCCACAGCAGCAGACACGGAUCCAGUCCGAGACAAGUUCAGGAGUCGUGGGUGCAGAAAAGACAAAGACAGACGAGAAAACGGGGAAAGAAGCAGAAAGGGAGAUGGAGGGAGAACGAGAGCUGGCUUCUCCAGGAUUAUCACAGCGUUGCUCAUACUUUACCUUAGACAAAGAUCCUGAGGAGGCUGCAGGCGCUGAGGUCAAAUCAGACGUGGCCAAAACAGAGAGUUAUGAAAAGACGAGCUCAGAGAAGGAGACGGUGAUGGAAAUCCAAGCAGCUGGUGCCUCCAAGUACGAGCCGUAUGAAAAGCCCAUCCCUCAGGACCAGGACCUGGAGGAGCGGGAGGUUCCUCUCGGCUUUGACCACACCUCUGAUAUCGAUAUUGAUAUUGAUAUCGAAAUUGAUGACAACAGGAGAACCAGCCAGGUGGAAGCUGGAGGAGCCAUGUUUCUCCUGGACGAUCAGUUCAAAGAAGAGCCUCUGUCCUUCAGCAGAGUCGACUACAGUCCAGUGUCCCUGACGCAGAGCGACGCCAGCAGCCAUCGCAGUCAAAGCGCGUCUCCAGAGUACGAAGACAGAGAGAAAGGCCAGGAGGAGGAGAGCGAGCGAGAGGAACGUCUAGACCAGAGCCUGUCAGCCAUCCACGUCCCAGACAACAAAAUGUCCUUCAGCCCAAAACAGGACAGACCUGAGAAAUCAGUGGUCAUGAUGGAGGCAUCAGGAGACCGAGAGCAGCCGUCUACCGGCGCUGCCGCUGAAUCGUCAGCGCCGUCUUCCUCAGGUGCUCAGUCCGACCGAGGCCCUAAAGCUGCAGCUUCUGCUACACCUUCUGGCGGAUUCACCGAGAAGAGGCCUUGGGAAAAAGAGAGGGACAAGUCUGCCGAGUCGCUCAGAGACAAAAUGGACUCCAGCGACCACGAAAGUGAGGGCUCCCCCAGCGGUCGCCACUCGCCCGCGGAAAAAGACAUUUUACCUAAACAAGCGUCACCUGUGGAGAGAGAAGGAGCCUCCGCUGGAGUGAGGACGCCCCCCGCUGCCACGUUGCUCCAACGUGAGGUCGAUGACAACCUUCUAGUCUCAGAUAACAGUCAGAUCAGCAGCUCUGCCACUUGUAAAUCCAUGUUAGAAGAGAGCCUGAUAGACAAAAGAUUACUUGUAGAGGGAGAAGAUUUCAAUGUAGAUGAUGAUGAAGAUGAGGAUGAGGAGGACGAAGACGAGGAAGAGGAGGAGCUGAGCGAUAUAGACGUGGAAAAAGGCGCCAGAGAACAAUCUGAGAAAGAAAUGUGCAGACGCAGCUCUGACGACGGUGCGGCCGUGGCUGAGGACUCCAAUAAGAAGGCUCAGCUGCCAGAGUCAAGCUUCCUGAAGGAGGAAAUGAUGAGUAAAGCAUCGGGCGAUGACGGCCGAGGGACGGACACGCAAGAUGCCAGAGAGGCGCUACCCAGCGCCGAAGCAACCACAAGCAAAGCGAGCGACGACGGUAAAAGCACCCCAGCGUUGGGAGCGAGUGGCCUCAGAUCCGACACAAGCGCUUGGACUGGACCUGCUUCACUUCCUGAGACGCCGCCGCCUGAGGACGCACACAAAGAGCAUGUACCUCAUGACGCAACCUCAGAGAAACGGCCGCCGUCGCCUGACGCUACGGCUGAGAGCGUGGAGACAAAGAAAAGAGAGGAAGACGAAGCACCUUCAUCACCAAGGGGAACAGGUCGAGCACCUGCCACCAGCAGCCUGACGGACGGCCGUUCUCCUCACCAUCGACCUGCAUCCAGUCCUUCACCCCCACUAACAAGCAGCUACGCUGACAUCGGACCGGGACCGUUCAGCCAAUGUUCUGAGCAACUCUACAGUGACAGUCCAGUAGAACUGAGGGAGCACAAAGAAGACGCUGCGCUGCCUCCAGAAGCGUCUCAGCGAGACAAGCCAAGCGCUGGUGAGUAUUUCAGCCAAAGAGAGCGUCCGGUUGAGCGUGAGGCGACCGGCUCCUCUGGCUGCACGUACACCACCCUCACAUACUCGGCAGCCACCUACAGUUACUCGUCCUCAGCUUCCGCGGCCUCCGGCCACCGCUUUGGAGACAACCUUGAAACCGUAGCAACAUCAAGCCCCGAAGUACGAGCAUUCAAAGAAGAGCCGUCGUCUGCAGCUUCCACCAGCUCCGGCUUCAGGGGAUUUCAAAGGGAUGAAUACAUGGAGGUGAGCACAAAACCAGGACCAGAAGCUCAGGCUAAAGAGAGCACACAGUCGCCGCCGGUUUUGUUCACUGCCAAACAAACCGCUGCCAAAGAAAGUGCCGAUAGACUUCCUGUUCUGGAAACUGAGACAACUUCCACCACAGCACAACCUUUACAAAGUAGUGAACCAGCGAAGGCAUCAGAGACUUUAUCCACGGCAGACGUUCUCUUUGAUGUCUCUCCGCUCCAAAGGGCUGACUCCUCUGAACGGUUGUCCCAAAGGUCGACAGAAGACGAGGAGCCCGACACACUUGAAAUGGAGGACAGCACCCUCCCAUGCCGCAUUGAAUGUCAACCAACAAAGCUGCUCGAGCAGAAGGAGAUCUUCUCGUCACCAAUCGUGUCGUACAUGGUCGAAAGCAGCGUGCACGCCAUAGAGACCAAGGUAGUCACCAUCACAUCUCCAAGUGUUUACCCUAAACCUGACGUGGAACCCAUUCAGCAGACAGCCUCCGGUCCAGCAGGUGGAGCGUUUGCCAGAACAGACGCGUCCAAGAAGGAACAGGAUGAGGGGAAAAAGGAGGAAACAUGGCAGACGUACGGAGCAACUGCGUCCCCGAGAGAAGACAGCGCGGUGGCAGGAAAAGGAACGGGUCGCAAAGACGCUAAAGACUCUGAGCUCAAACAGGAAGUGGAAGGACAGAAAUCUGAAAAAGAGGGGAGUCUGCUGGACACGCCCCCAGCGAGGUUAGAGGUCAGGAGGAAGAGCAGCAUUUCUGACUGGGAGCUUCUGCAGAGACCUGACGACUGCCCAGAUAGCCCUCCUCCAGGCUACGGGGACGAGGAGCAGGAGGAGGAGGCGGCCGUGGAGGAGAUGGAAUGGAUGGCCAGCGUGACGGGGAAGGAGGCCUGUGGCAAAGAGGACGUCCGCCGCCCCUGUGACCUGGACACCGCCUCCUCCUCCGCUGCCCACCACACCUACUCCUCCUGCGAAUACAAGCACCGCAAAGGCGAGCUGUCUCCGUCCUUCAUCAACCCCAGUCCCCCUCAGCUGUCCAGCGACGACGGCGCCGAGGACGCCUGCAGCGACCCCUCGCCGGACGGGGACGAGGACGACCAGGACCAGCACUCCGUGAAGCGAAGGUCUCACAGGCACAGGCGCCACCACGAGCACACGCAGCACGGAGACGGCGGCCACGAGCCGCACCCGCCGCACCCGCCGCCGGGCCUGUCCUCUGGGCUGGCGGUGACGCUAGCCGGAGAGGAGACCCCGCCCACGUCAGUCAGCGAGUCGCUGCCCUCACAGUCAGACUCCGACGUCCCUCCAGAAACCGAGGAGUGUCCGUCCAUAACAGCAGAAGGAAACCUGGACUCGGACGAAGACGCGGAACAUCUGCCGGUGGAUAAAUCAUCCGCAUCCGGAGCCGGCGGCGGCCACCGGCCUCCGUCACCAAGGUCGGCUCAGACCACCCACGACCCCGUCCCCAUACCCAUGAAAGACCCGCUCCCUCAUCCUCCACACCCAGAUGUGUGCAUGGUGGAUCCAGAGGCUCUGCUCAAUGAUCACAGCAGCACAGAGAAACUCCUUAAGAAAGAGCACAAGACCUCCAAGGGUCUGCGAAAGGGCAAAACCAAAUCUGCCUCGCCCGCUCGAAAGGGAGAAGUUAAGAAGCGGUCCUCCACUCCAGUGAAGAGCAAGGACUCUCCCUCACCUCGCUCGUCCUCCCUCAGAAGGAAGGACACAGAGAGAAGUUCCAGACUGAUCAAGAUGUCUGAGACUCAAGGCUCCAGGAGUGAGAUCCUCAAUCCAGGAAAAGGCUUGGUCAACGGCGUCAAGAGCAGCUCAGGUAACAACUCACAGAAACCGAGUUCUGCCGUCCCCCCAGGACCUCCUGUCUACGUGGACCUGGCCUACGUGCCCAACCACUGCAGCGCCAAGAACGUGGACCAGGAGUUCUUCAAGAGGGUGCGUGCGUCAUACUACGUGGUGAGCGGGAAUGACCCGGGCAGCGGGGAGCCCAGCCGCGGGGUCCUGGACGCUCUGCUGGAGGGCAAGGCUCAGUGGGGCAGCAAUUUACAGGUCACUCUGAUCCCAACCCACGACACAGAGGUGACCCGGGACUGGUACCAGCAGACGCAUGAGAGGCAGCAGGACCUGAACAUCAUGGUUCUGGCCUCCAGCAGCACCGUGGUCAUGCAGGACGAGUCCUUUCCCGCCUGCAAAAUCGAGUUCUGAGCUUGCGAGCGCGAUCCCGUCCUCCCGCCGUUCGUUCUCUCUGGACGCAGAGCGAGAGCGAACAGCUUCCUGCUUCAUCCGAGCUUCCCGCUCUCAUGGUACUAGUCAAAUGCAUCUGCUGCAGCCUCAAUACACUAGGUUCUCUGAGCUCACCGCUCUGGGUUACGCUUUCUGUGACAGUGGAGUCAUCAUGCAAGUUAGCUGUCCUUUACGUUCGUAUUCCACCUCCCUGACGCAACGUAGCUGUGGCCCAAAGCAUUGGGCAGAAUUAUCCCACCAUCACUAAGCCACAGGUAAACUUUGGAAUAGAGGCAUGUUGUUAUGCUGACAGCUCAAAUAAAUACUCCAGUUUCACCCAAACGGCCUAAAUCCUAAAAAUAGGGGCAAACACUAAUUAGUAUUUUUAACUUGCCAAAAUAUAUGAAAUCACUCAGUGGUUAAUAAUUUUGAUUCUGUGCACGAUAUUUCCCAGAAGGAUGAUUUUUCAUUUCCUAUUUUGAAGCUUUCUCUUUCAUCAGUGCACGUGACGAAACACAGCGUAGGCGAGUUCUUAUUAUGCCACAGUCGUGUUUGAAUUAACUCCAACAUAUAAAUUGAUGUUAUGUAAAAAAACGAGUUUGUUCUUGUCAGUUGUUGAAGUUUUAGGAGGCGCCUGAAGUUGCCACCGUUUGAAACCUUUCUUCUUGGCUUUACAGCUUCGCUGCUGCAUGAUGCUUGCGUUUUAGCUCGGACUGUUUCAGAGAGGCCGUGGGCUUCGUGGGGUUAGUGCCCGGUUUAGUUCAGUGUAGUGCAGAUUAGUUAGUUGACACUGUCUGGCUGGUGAUGCUCCAGGCAACGUGGCUCCAGCAGCCACGUCUCUGCUGCUCAUUAACUGUCUCUACAUCAGUCUAGAUCAGUUUUGUGAUAAUGCAGCGAAUUAUGAUCCUGAAGCAAAUGCAGAGUUCGAUCAUGCAUUUGUGAUGAAUUUACCUAUUUCCUCCUGUUCAGCUACAUUUCACCAUCUGUCAAUCACAAGGUGAUGGGAAAGCGAAACAAGCAGUGACCUGUGACACAUGUAGCAGCGGCCCGUCUGUCUGUCCGUCCCCUCAGACGGGGCGUCAGGGCCCUGGGAACUGCAAUAUCUCCAUUUGUUAUUGGGCUUAUUUCUAUGAAAUGUGUUCAGGAGGCUUCUUUCAUGUGCCUUUGGCUUGUGGUUUAGGGCAGAGGGGGAGAUUAUGACGACAUGUCAGCCAUUGAAUCAGCCAGAAACCAGGGUAAAUCCAGUACCUUACUUCAAACAGAGGACCAAUCAGUUCGUACACAUACUCACACUAUUCCAACCUCAAGCUGUAUAACGGAAACGACUACUCAACCUUUUAAAUCAAUCUGAAUGUCUGUUAGUAACGAUUGCACCAAAUAGAAAUGCACUUUUGUGGUGGGAGAAGGUGGAAGUGUGAUUUUCGUUUGUAGCUGAAGCACAGAGUGUUGAUGAAGUAGCAGAAAAGAACUUUUCAUUGUAAUAUAAAAUUAUGUGCAAGACUUUCUGGCAAACUGAGGCCGUUGUUGUUGUUGAGAGACGAUAUAGAAACGACUGAAUAUAAUCCCCGAUUAACGAGCAUGAAUGUGAUGAUUCUGAUUGUACUGGAUGCAGUUUAAGUAGGAAUGCUUCAGACUUGUGCGAUGCAGCGACUGGCUGCUGUCCUGAACGCAGCAUGGUUCGUUUCUCUACGCGACUGAUGUUUCCCCCGUGGCUUCAGUGUGGAAGGUCUUUCUGCUUGUUCACAGCCAGACUCCAGAUCAGCUCUCACCAGCUUCAGCUGUUCUUACAAGGCAAACCUUUUUGCAUUUGCUUUCCUUUCUUUGUUUAUCUGGUCGUAAUCCUUCAUUUCAUGGUCGUUCUGUGGGGGGUCGGCCAGGCAGCGACGCAGUGCAGCCUGGUAGUUUCACACCUGGUGAUGAGACGCUGGAAGCAUCCAUCCAAACCUUUACCUCAGCCGCAUUCUGAAUGUGUAAGAAGCUCGUUUAACUCAUUCAAAACUUGUGCUAGCCUGAGUGCCAUUAUCUGUCCCUGUAAAACUACUUCAUACCUCAUCUCAUGCGCCCUGCUCUGCUGCCUGGUCCCCCCAGUGUUGAUUCAUUUAGUUGCCACAGAAUGAUUCUCUGUCCUUUUUACGUUAGACCUUGACACGCUCUCACCUCUUGACAUUUGAAGAAAGUUUUUUUGUCCCACUGAUGUAGAUUCUAUGGUUAUAUAGUAAAAAGCUGGUUACGCACAAGUACACACACACACACACACACACACACACACACACACACACACACACACACACACACACACACACACACACACACACACACACACACACACACACAGUCCAGAAGGAGCUGGUGGAAGGUAGAGGUGACUCGGUUCCAGUUCAGACCUGAAUGUUUGUCUGAGCAGCGACCAAACAAAAAGUCCUUUUUACGCCUACUUUAAUGCUGCAUGGAAGCGAAUCCAAACAGGAAGAAGCCUUUUAAUGUACAGAUCGGGUUUCCUGGACAGUCUGGUGUGUUGCACUGUCCAGAUUCCAAAAAUGGGGUCUUGAGCCUUUUCAAGGCAUCUGUAAAAUGCUGUGAAUCCUUUGAUGUGAGAUUAUGACUACACAGAAGAUGAAUGCACUACAGGGGAUCUAUUUUUCUGAAUGUACAGUUGGUUCUACUACACGAAUGCUGUUGGAUCCACACAAUAGACCAAUUAUUAUAAUAAUCAAGCUCAUUGGAAGGCGCAGAAAACGAGGACAGACGCGGUCCCAGUCAUAAACACCUUAAGUAAUGUAGAAAUGAUGAAUUAACCAACUUUAGCUGCAACUUUUUCCUUUUUCCUGAAUAUGACUUGAAACACAUGCAGACUCAGAACCCAUCGGUGGAAUUGAACGCAGCGCCACGUGUACCCUCGUACCGUGCAGACUUGUACAUAUCACUCUGGAAAGAACAAACCUAACGAUAUAACAAACGAUCCUUCUCGUGACACCUGUCAUUUUAGCUGAUCUUAGCGACGCUAUAGUCCAAACCGCUACCUGCUCCAAGCAAACGACAACACGCUGACAACAUACAGGACAAGUGCAUCCUUCAGGUCAUUCUCAUCUGUAUGUAAAUCCAGAUCUGGUGUCAUCGUCCAUCUAAUCUUUCUGCAUGUAAUUUAUUUAGUUAUAAUACUGAAUGUAAUUGUUUAACAUGAAAAUAAUAAAAAAAAAAAUAUGAAGCUAUUUUAAAGAGAUAUAUUUGAAAAAAGCUAAUUGUCUUAACUGGUACUGAGAUGACGUACAGUAAUCUAAUUCUGGGCUGUGCAUUCAUUGUUUGCCCUAAUAACAUGUUGUUAAGAAGAAGCUAUGUUGUUAUUCGGUUUCAUUUUCUCUCUUUUUGCAUUGUAAUAAUCUUAGUUCUGUUUUUCUCAGCGCAAUAUUCAAUAUCUCCGUCUCUCUGGCAAAACUAGAACUACUGCAGAUUCAUUGUAAAAGGGAAACAGCCUGGUGAUCAUCAAUUAAAAUCCACUUAAAUCUA